UCUCCUCUUUCCCAGAGCCUGGGCGGAGAGGGAGGAAAACUUCCUGGCCAGGGCUCCGGCCCGCUCCCUUUGCCAACCCUCCAGUCCCGCCUACCGGUGCCCUCCGCUUCCCCACCCCUCUCCCGGCACCCCCAGUGUCCGCCAUGGCCAAAGCCUACGACCACCUCUUCAAGUUGCUGCUGAUCGGGGACUCAGGGGUGGGCAAGACUUGUCUGAUCAUUCGCUUUGCAGAGGACAACUUCAACAACACUUACAUCUCCACCAUCGGAAUUGAUUUCAAGAUCCGCACUGUGGAUAUAGAGGGGAAAAAGAUCAAACUGCAAGUCUGGGACACAGCUGGCCAAGAGCGAUUCAAGACAAUAACUACUGCCUAUUACCGUGGAGCCAUGGGCAUUAUCCUAGUGUAUGAUAUCACAGAUGAGAAAUCCUUCGAGAAUAUUCAGAACUGGAUGAAGAGCAUCAAAGAGAAUGCCUCGGCUGGGGUAGAGCGCCUCUUACUGGGGAACAAGUGUGACAUGGAGGCCAAGAGGAAGGUGCAGAAGGAGCAGGCUGAUAAGUUGGCUCGGGAGCAUGGAAUCCGAUUUUUUGAGACAAGUGCUAAAUCCAGUAUGAAUGUAGAUGAGGCUUUCUGUUCCCUCGCACGGGACAUCUUACUCAAGUCAGGAGGCCGGAGAUUGAAAAACAACAACAAGCCCCCCAGCACUGACCUGAAAACCUGUGACAAGAAGAAUACCAACAAGUGCUCCUUGGGCUGACGACUCCUUUCUGCCUCUCCACCCUAAGCCUGGGGACUGAAUCUGAGGAAGGCAGGGCUGAGGGGCUGGGCAGGGGAGAAAUAGCAAAUGGGGCUUGGAGGGGGAGAGAUGGGUAGAUGGUAGAAGAAUGGGGAGAAUAUGGAGAAGAAAAAAAAGAAGGAGAGAGAAGGAACGAGGAAAAGAAAGGAAGCAGGAUAGAGCGGGAAGGAGAGGCAAGAAAAAGGAAACGAGUUGGGAAAGUGGAAGAAGGUGAGAAGGAAGUAGGAAGAGAGGGAGGAGGAAAGGAAGAUAGAUGGUCCUAGGCCUCAGACCUUCUCUGGGUUUCCAGGGCAAAUAUAAAUGUAAAUAAAUAGUUGAUUUAUUCUGUUAUGGGAUCAGGCUUUAGGGUCCUGAGAGAGGCUGGCUCAGUACCACCCUCUGAAGGUUUGGUCCUAUGCUGUCACUCUGCAUGGUCUUUCUCAGUAUUAAAGGCCACCAUUUGCACAAA